AUGUCUCAAGAUUAUGAUUCUGAUCCAAGUGAAAGAUUCUUACAAGAUGAAUUAAUGGAUUCAAUUAAUAAUGGACUGAAGAAUGGAGCAUUUCCAAAUAUUACUCAACCUAAUGACUCAAAACGUCAAGUUAAAUUAAUAUUAGAUCAAACUGCCUUUGUUAGAGGAAUAGGGAAUAUCAAAAGAUGGUUCAAUGAUGAUUACAUAAAUAGUAAUUUCAACAAAAAUUCAGAACCUAUCUUAUUGGAAUUACAUAUCCCUUCCUAUACUUUACAUGAGUUUGAAUUUGUUAAAAAGGGGACAUCUAUUAGUGCAACUAAUGCAAGAGAAGCCAUUAAAUUUAUUGAUAAUCACUUGGAAAAUUACAACUAUCAAUACAAUACUCCGAACAACCAUGAUAAUCAUCAUGAUGAAAAAAAGAUUACUUAUAAUGUAAAUUUAGAAACUCCAAAUGAUAGUACACCUUCUUGGAAUUCCUGCCUUAAGUACAAAGUCUAUUCACCAAAGAUUAAAGAUUUCCCAAAUUACAAAACAAGAUUUGAUUCAAGUUUAUUAAGACAAUUACCAUCUCAACAAGAUGAUGCAUACGAAAAUGAUCAUCAUAAAUAUAAAUCAAAAUCGGAAAGAAAAAAUUCAUUUCAUGAUGAUAAAUUUCAAAUUCAUUAUGAAAAUUCUCCAUCUUAUCAAAAUGCUUUAGAACAUUCCGAUUCUUAUGCAGAAAUGCCACCAAGAUUAAAAUAUUUAUUGAGAACUUGUAUUUAUAAAAGAUUUUUAGAAAAACCAUCAAGUAAUCAUCAAAAACCUUGGAAAUCUAUUGAAGAAUGGAAAUUAGUUACAGAAGAUUCAAUCACUAAAAUUUGGGCUCAAUCUUUUGGAAUUGAUUGUGUUAAUGUGAAUGAGGCAGAAUUAUUAAUUUUUCAAAAUUAUGAUGUAAAUUCUUUCAAAAUCUAUAAUCCAUUUGCUUUAAAUGAUGAUGAUUUUGAAUUUAAUAAUGUUUUACAAAGUAAAAUUGAUACAACUGAAUUAUAUCAAUAUCAAAAAAUGGAUCAAACUCCACCGAAGAUUCAUCAUAAAAGUAAUACUUAUAGAGGUAGAAGAAAGCAAAGUAAUAAAGCUCCAAAGACUUACAUAUCAACUGAAGGAGCAGUGCAUGAAGAACCAGAUUAUACUUCUGCUAAUGGAUUCAUCAAAAAGGAGAAAUUUCAAGCUAUAAAUUAUGCACCUAGAGGACAUGGUCAAUUAUGGAGACCAUAA